UCCUCAACGUGGCUAACUGCGCUGCGUCAGUCUUCAGAACUUUUCUACCUGCGUGAAGCGUUCCGGCAAAUUUCCGCCCAUAAUAAGCAUGGCGACAGCACUUCUGCUCUGAUUGGUUGAAUGCCUUCACCGAAACUUGGGCGCUUUCAGGCGGUAUAAGGAGUGUUUGUCUCUCAGCGGUCAUCUGCCACACUGUGGGUUCUGGACGUGCGAAGGUUUUGGGUUUGCUGGCCUUGCUGUUUCUGAAGACCGGAGGCCGGCUGCCAGGUCUGGAAGAUUUGAAACCUGAGGCUGAGUUCCUUGUAUUCCAAGUUCGGCCUGCAGGGACCUUCGGGGAAGCGUGGAAUGAGAGGAAGGGCGUGCGCCUGGUGAUCAGCCCCUUCGCCCUGCAUGGUCGCGGAGACCCCCCUUUGCCCUGCUGGGUGGAAGGGUUCUGUCGGCUCUUCUGGCCGCAGUUCUGUUGGUUAGAAGUGGAAACUGAUCCCCUGAGAUGGAAAAAGGAUCUUUCCCUCACCCAUCCUCCAGGGGCCCCAAAGAACUUGCAGAUUUAUCUAGUUUCUAGACACGUGUACUUGAAUGUUCAGCGGAGGAGGGCUUAAAUAUUGGAGAAGAGAGCGAAAACAACUAGCAUUUUAAGGGAUUUGUGUCUAUUUCCAAAACUGACUUUCGACCAUCAUCCACCACCGGCUGCUUGGGAUUCGUGAGUGUCUCUUGCCAUCCUGUGGCUCCAACAUGUUCUGUUGGUUAAGUCGGCUCUACCUGGGUUUUUCCACACCCACCGGAAGGAUCACCCACCUGAUCCGGAGUUCUCUCUCCAGAACGCUGGUGCUCACUUCACAGAGGAGAAUUCCAGAAUUCAGUAGCUUUGUUGCUCGGACUAACACGUGUGGAGAGUUGCGUUCUUCUCACGUAGGCCAAGAAGUCACUUUGUGUGGAUGGAUUCAGUACCGAAGGCAAAACAUCUUCCUGGUCCUAAGAGAUUUCCAUGGGCUUGUUCAAGUUGUCAUUCCCCAGGAGGAGUCAACUGCUUCUGUGAGGAAGAUUCUCUGUGAAGCCCCCGUGGAAUCUGUGGUGCAAGUAUCUGGGACAGUAAUUUCCCGACCUCCAGGACAAGAGAAUCCAAAAAUGCCAACAGGUGAGAUCGAAAUCAAAGUUAAAACCGCUGAACUUCUGAAUUCCUGCAAGAAGCUGCCCUUUGAAAUUAAGGACUUUGUGAAGAAAACAGAGGCUCUUCGUUUGCAGUAUCGCUACUUAGACUUGCGAAGUUUCCAAAUGCAGUAUAACCUGCGACUGAGAUCCCAGAUGGUCAUGAAAAUGCGGGAGUAUCUCUGUAAUCUACACGGAUUUGUGGAUAUAGAAACACCAACAUUAUUUAAGAGGACUCCCGGGGGUGCAAAAGAGUUUGUAAUACCAUCGAGGGAACCUGGAAAGUUUUAUUGUCUCCCUCAGAGUCCUCAACAGUUUAAACAGCUUCUGAUGGUUGGUGGUUUAGACAGAUAUUUUCAGGUUGCCCGAUGUUACCGAGAUGAAGGUUCGAGACCAGACCGACAGCCCGAGUUUACUCAGAUUGACAUAGAGAUGUCUUUUGUAGACCAGACUGGAAUCCGGAGUUUAAUUGAGGGCCUGCUCCAGUAUUCCUGGCCCAUUGACAAGGAUCCUGUGGUGGUUCCUUUUCCUUCUCUGACUUUUGCUGAGGCAUUGGCCAGCUAUGGAACUGAUAAACCUGACACUCGCUUUGGGAUGAAGAUCAUAGAUAUUAGUGAUUUGUUCAGAAAUACAGAGGUUGGAUUUCUUCAAGACGCACUUAGUAAACCCCAAGGAGCCGUCAAAGCCAUACGUGUCUCUGAAGGAACAAAAUACUUAAAAAGGAAGGACAUUGACUCUAUUAGAAAAUUUGCAGCUGACCAUUUUAAUCAGGAAGUCUUACCUGUAUUCCCAGAAGCCAAUAGAAACUGGAAUUCUCCAGUUGCUCAGUCCAUACUGGAGGAGCAAAGAUCGGGACUAAUCAGACUAAUGGAAAUCCGAGAGGAUGAUGUGGUCCUGCUGACUGCUGGGGAGCACAAGAAAGCAUGCUCUGUGCUGGGAAAAUUACGACUGGAAUGUGCCGACCUUCUAGAAGCCAGAGGAUUGGUGCUGCGUGACCCAGCUCUGUUCUCUUUCCUUUGGGUUGUGGAUUUCCCACUCUUUCUUCCCAAGGAGGAAAAUCCCGGAGAGUUGGAGUCAGCCCACCACCCAUUCACUGCUCCCCACCCCAGUGACCUGCAGCUCUUAUACACCGAACCCGAGAAGGUCCGUAGCCAACACUAUGACUUGGUUUUAAAUGGCAGUGAGAUAGGCGGGGGUUCUAUCCGAAUUCAUGACGCAGAGCUCCAGCACUACGUUCUGGCAACUUUACUGAAGGAAGAUGUGAACUUGCUCUCCCAUCUGCUCCAGGCUUUAGAUUUUGGGGCGCCCCCUCAUGGAGGAAUUGCCUUAGGGUUAGACAGACUGAUAUGCCUUGUCACUGGAGCACCAAGCAUCAGAGAUGUCAUAGCCUUCCCCAAAUCCUUCAGGGGGCAUGACCUCAUGAGCAGUGCCCCAGAUUCUCUCCCUCCUGAGGAACUGAAGCCCUAUCAUAUCCAGGUCUCCUGGCCAGCAGACUCAGAAGCAGAAAAGAGCUCGUUGAAUCAGCCAUCCCAUCCAGAAAGUUGAGCUUUUGAGUUUUGUCUGCUUGGCUUCCCCAAGGCUGAAAUCAGAUGCAGAGUGCUGCCGCAGGCCUCAUGAGCAGCUCUUCAGGGGGAAGGAAUCCAGACAACAUUCUUGACCACAACAAAGAAACAGAAGGUAUCUCAUUUUGACUUGAUAACACGCUUACUGGGAUUUUUUGUUUGGGACUUUUAUGUAGUUUCUGUUACCUGGACAGGUGUGAAAAUGGCCCUUUGUCUGAGUAAUAUAAUAGCUUAGUGUUUUCUCAUCAUGUUUUUCAUACCUGAAUAGUAGAUCGUUUACGUGAGACAGAGGUAAUCAGUAAUCAGACCAUGUGAAAUGUGGGGAGAUGCUUGCCCCUUUAGUCAAUUGAUAAGGGGGUCAUUUCAACCAGCCUCAUCAAGAGAGUCCUGUAAAGGAAGCUAAAUAGUGAUAUCUCAAUGGUAAGCAUAAUAUAGUGAGAAGCAUCAUGAUAUAAUACCAAAAAAAAAAAAAAAAAAAAAAAAUCACCAAAAUGAAAGUCAUAAAAUCUUGGUGUUUUACCUUGAGCACGUUACAUAAGCCUCCUUUCCUGCUUAUAUGAAAUGGGAACACUGCUUGUCCUGGCUACCUCACCAGGCUGCUCUUGCCAGAACCAGAGGAAAUGAUGUAUGUGGAAGGAAUUGUGAAUAAAAAUAGUUUGAAAAACUAUAAAGGAUUACACAAAUAUAAUAGAUAAUGGUAUUAUUUACCUGUAAACAGAUACUGGUAUAUCUAUAAUCUUACAGUCUAAGAUUAAAUAAAAUUGACAUCUAUGGCAUAAGAGAAACAGUAAUUUUAUUAAUCAGUAUUCUAUUUGUGAUUGUAUUUUUUAAAAUAAUUAUUGGGGUGCCUGGCUGGCUCAGUGGGUAGAACAUACAACUCUUGAUCUUGGGGUUCUAAGUUCAAGCCCUACAUUGGGUGUAGAAGUUACUUAAAAAUAAAAUCUUUGGGAUGCCUGGGUGGCUCAGUGGGUUAAAGCCUCUGCCUUCGGCUCAGGUCAUGAUCUCAGGGUCCUGGGAUCAAGCCCUGCAUCGGGCUCUCUGCUCAGCAGGAAGCCUGUUUCUUCCUCUCUCUCUCUCUCUCUCUGCCUGCCUCUCUACCUACUUGUGAUCUCUAUCAAAUAAAUAAGUAAAAUCUUAAAAAAUAAAUAAAAUUUAAAAAUCUUUAAAGAAAUAAUAAAAUAAUAAUAAUAAUUACUAUUAAUCCAUGAAUAACACUUCUCCUCAAUUAUAAGUAAUUGAAAAUAUUGAUCUUAGGCCAACCUCAGAUAUAUAGAAAAGUGAACACCAAAGUAUUGUAAUUUUCAUAUACAUGCUAUGACAUAAAAGCUUAUAAUCUGUUAAUAAUUAUGAAAUGAACAAGGCCUUGAUGAAUGAAAGUUUUCUUUUCUACUUUAUCUUCACUUUUGCCUUGACAUUCUUUUGAUGUGUAAUUUAGAAGUACCAAGUAUCAGCCCUCUAUCCCUGUUUUAUUUUUCUUGGUGGUCUAAGCAAGUCCUAUAGUUGUUUGUUUGAAAAUAAAAUCAGCUUCCCUUCCAGUUCUAAUCUGUGAUACUCAGUGGACCAAGAGGAGUAUGAGUGUUCUUCCCUGCUGCAGAAAAGUGGUUUGCCAUUAGGUGGAGCUUUUCUCUAAAGUUGGUCCUCGAAUCCAAUCUCCCACCUGUGGGUGUAUUCUGGAGUGAGAAGAUUCUUGCUGGCAGGGCUCUCCAGGUAGCCAAGUCUGCAUACCCUUUCUCAGCAGAGAAUUUCUAGAGCUUCCCUUUAAUAGGUGGGGAAAUGCAGUUUAUGUCCAUUUAUCCCCCGGGGGAUAAACGUAAUUCACUAUUGACUGUGUAAAGCCUGAUUCCAAGCAAAAUGUUGUCUUUUAUCCUGGAAAUGAAAGCUCCAGAAGACACCUAAAAUCCGGAGAAUAUUUUCUAGGCUGCAAAUACCAAAGGUCCCCAGUCCUCAGAAGUCAAACAAUCCUGUGUUGUUAUCUCGAAGACUUAGUCCUUUUGGGCAUCACUGGGCUCUUCUUCAGUCUUGCCUCUCGGGGGAAAAAAAAGCAAAAUAAUUUUAUUAAAUAAUUUUAUUAAUCAGUA